UGGUUUCAAAAAUGUUGCUAAAGUCAAUCCUACAGAAACUAGUCAUGUUAUGUCUUUUAGUGUUGUUAGUGAUGAACACACUGAAUGUUCAAAUAAUGAUGCAGAGGCUCACGUUUUUCCAGAGCAUCCAGAAUCCUCCCAUGCUAUUCCCGACACCGAGAAAAAAAAACAGAGGCGUCGCCGUGUAUCAAACCGUGUUGGCUGUAAAGCACACAUAAGAUUAAGACUCGGUGGUCUUAAGGGAUAUGUUAUUACGUUAUUUGAAGAGCACCACAAUCAUCCUAUGUCGUCUCUUGAUGCUAGACCAUUUCUUAAAGUAAAUAGGAAGCUUGAUCUUGGUCAUCAGAAGUUUGUUCUCAAUUGUGCAAAGGCUAAUAUAGGAACUAUGAAAUCAUACCGGCUAUACAAGGAAACUGUUGGAGGAUAUUGCAAUAUUGGUGCAACGACGGUUGAUUUCAAGAACUUUAAGCGAGAUUUGAAGGCAUAUAUUUUCGGUGUGGAUGCUCAAAUGCUAAUUGAUAAGCUUUUUCGGAAGCAAGAAACUUGUUCAGCAUAUAUUUUUGAGUAUGACGUUGAUGAGAGUGAUCAAUUGACACGUCUUUUUUGGGCUAACCCAAUCUGCAGAAAGAAUUACGCCUUUUUUGGAGAUGUGCUUUCUUUCGAUGUUACAUAUGGAACUAACAGAUACAAUAUGGUUUUUGCACCUUUCACCGGUGUCGACAAUCACAAAAAAUGUGUCACAUUUGGUGCCGGUCUUCUAUUUAAAGAAGACGUUGAAUCAUAUGUUUGGUUGUUCCGUUGUUUUCUAAAUGCAAUGGGACACGCACCUAAGUGUAUCGUUACUGAUCAAGACCCAUCUAUGAAGAUUGCAAUUGAAAAAGUUUUUCCCAAUUCUCGUCACCAUUACUGCAUGUGGCACAUAAUGUCUAAACUCACCGAGAAGGUUGGUCCUACUCUUAGCAGUAAUGAAGAAUUUUUGUCCAAACUAAAUUCUGUAGUUUGGAGUAACUAUCUUUCACCCGAAGAUUUUCAAAAGGAGUGGAUGCAAGUCAUUGUGGAAUAUGAUUUAGUGAGCCACACAUGGUUAUCUCACAUGUUUUCCAUUCGACGUUAUUGGAUCCCGGGGUUUUUUAGGGAUUUAUUCAUGGCCGAUUUACUUAGGACCACAUCGCGAUCUGAAAGUGAAAAUAAUUUUUUUGGUGAGUUUACUAACCCCAACUUUAGCCUUAUUGAGUUUUUCAUGCAGUUUGAAAGUGCAAUGGAUGCUCAACGACACAAGAAUUCCAAAUUGAACCAUGUUUCUGAGUCUUGCACACCUGUCCACAGUACACCGCUACCUAUUGAAAAGCAUGCAUCAUCUAUAUACACUAUCUCAAUUUUCUAUGAAAUUCAGAAGGAGAUAUGCUCAGCAUGUUUCUCAUGUUCGGUUUUAAGCGUCCAAGAAGUCAAUGGCGUGCGUGAAUAUGCUAUUAAUGAUGAGCGCGGUAUGAUUUUCAAUGUUGUUCGCUCUUUAAUCGCAUCUACUACAACAUGCAGUUGCAAAGACUUUGAUCGAGUUGGGUUGGUUUGUAGACACAUGUUUGUUGUUUUUAAAGACCUCAAGUUGCACACCAUUCCUGCUGAAUUUGUUCUUAGUCGUUGGUGUAAAAACAGUAUCAUUAAACCCAUGUUCGAUAUUGGCAAUAGCGUAUUUGACCAAUGCGUGACCAAUGAGGAGAGAAAGUUACAUGUAAAUCGAUUAUGGUCUGACAUUCAUUGUUGUGUUGCUCUUAUCGAGGAUAAGCCGGUUUUGUUUGAACAGCUUGCACAAGUAAUUAAGGAGCAGAAGAGUAUUCUGCUCUCAUCAGAGAAUGAAAGUGCACACGUAACCAGGAAGACUUCUGUGAUUCAGCAAUUUUGUGGUUCAGCAGCUCCCUCAGAGGUCACGGUACUUCCGCCGCAACAAGCUAGGAACAAGGGUUGUGGGAAGCGAAUAAAAGGUGGUAAAGAAGUGGCAAUACAAUCAAAGAAGAAGUUAAGGUUGUGUAGAACUUGUAACGAGAUGUAUCACCAUGAUAGCCGCAACUGCCCC